GGCGGGGCGCCGGUGCCGCAGCGCCGUUGCGGGCGGGGCGCCGGUGCCGCCAUGUCGGAGCGGGGGGCCGCUGGCGCGGGGCCGGCCGCCAUCCAGGUCUCCAGGAUCAUGCGCCCGGACGAUGCCAACGUCGCGGGGAAUGUCCAUGGUGGAACCAUCCUGAAGAUGAUUGAGGAGGCGGGAGCCAUCAUCAGCACCCGCCACUGCAACUCCCAGGCCGGGGAGCCCUGCGUGGCCGCGCUGGCAAGGGUGGAGCGGACGGACUUCCUCUCCCCGGUGUGCAUUGGUGAGGUGGCCAACGUCAGUGCCGAGAUCACUUACACCUCCCGGCACUCCGUGGAGGUCCAGGUCAACGUCAUGUCUGAAAACAUUCUAACAGGAGCAAAGAAGGUGACAAACAAGGCAACUCUGUGGUACGUGCCGCUGUCCUUGAAGAACGUGAACAAGGUCCUUGAGGUGCCCCCCAUCCAGUACGCAAGGAAGGAGCAGGAGGACGAGGGGAAGAAGCGUUAUGAGGAGCAAAAGCUGGAUCGGCUGGAAACUAAGCAGAGAAAUGGCGACGUGAUCUUCCCUGUCAUCAACCCAGAUAGGCAGACAAAAGAGCCACACACCGUGGGCUACAGCCAGUCCAGCCUGAUCCACCUGGUGGGGCCAUCGGACUGCACGCUGCUGGGCUUCGUGCACGGAGGUGUCACCAUGAAGCUCAUGGACGAGGUUGCUGGGAUUGUAGCUGCCCGUCACUGCAAGACCAACAUCGUCACCGCCUCGGUGGAUGCCAUCAACUUCCACGAGAAGAUCAAAAAAGGCAGUGUCAUCACCAUUUCGGGGCGCAUGACCUUCACGAGCAAUAAAUCCAUGGAAAUUGAAGUUUUUGUGGAUGCUGACCCGUUCGUGGACGAGCCUCGGGAGCGGUACCGCGCCGUCAGCGCCUUCUUCACCUACGUCUCCCUGAGCAAGGAGGGGAAGCCCCUGCCCGUCCCGCAGCUGCUGACGGAGACGGAGGAUGAGAAGCGGCGCUUCGAGGAGGGGAAGGGCCGGUACCUGCAGACGAAGGCCAAGCGGCAGGCGCAGCUGCAGCAGGCUGCCCAGCAGUGACCCCUGCGCUCCCACCGCCUUCGCCCGCCAAGCGUUCAGGUUCCCGUUCUUGUUGUGUCCAGCCCGCGCCGGGCCUCGCGCCUUCGCCCGCCGGAGCUGCCGCGGCGAGGCGGCUGCUUCGCUGUUGAUCAGUUUAGCGCCGUAGACCUUGUGCUUUAGGUGGCUUCAGCGCACCCAAAGCCUCCGGGAGCCUUCCCGGUUGCUCGCCAUCCACCCCGUGAGCCCUGUUUGCACCCGUCAGCCUGCCGUGCCGGAGCAGGGCCGGGCUGCGUCACGGCAGGAGGGCGCGAGGCCGCCGGUCCGUGUGCUGCUGUGUUCAACCCUCCUCACUGCGCACCAAAGCUCACGUGCGGUACCGGGAGGGAGAAGCGCUCCCGGUGCCGUGCUGAAUGUCUGGGACCGUCCUGUUGACAUCUCUAGAUAGUUUCUCUGUGCACAUCUAUUUAAGUUAUUUAAGGAAUCCUGUGGCAUAAAUAAACUCUGUUGUUGUUGACUGGAA